AUGCAUCAUUGGACAUGUUAUAUAAUUUUGCAUCAAAUCUUAUUUUAUUCAUGGAUUCAUGAAGUGGAAUCAGGUCAUUCAGAGAAACGUUUAUUAAAAUAUUUAUUUGAUCAAAAACGUUGGGAUGCACACAAUCCAAUGGAACGUCCAGUUUCGAUUGAUGGUAAACCAGUACAAGUUUAUCUGAAAUGUUUCCUAAAUCAAAUAAUGGACGUUGAUGAAAAAAAUCAAGUACUGUCUACAAUUAUUUGGCUUGAUUUGAAAUGGUCCGAUUAUCAUUUUCAUUGGAAUGCAAGUGAAUAUGAAAAUAUUCGACAAAUUAAUUUACCACCGGAAAGAAUAUGGAAACCAGAUAUUUUAUUAUAUAAUAGUGCUAGUGAAAAAUUUGAUCAAGUUUUUCCAACUAAAGUAAUUGUUCGAAAUACUGGAAAUAUUCAAUGGGUACCACCUGGUCUGUUUCAUUCUAUUUGUGAUAUUGAAGUGAAUUGGUUUCCAUUUGAUUCACAAAAUUGUAUCAUGAAACUUGGUACAUGGACUUAUCAAGGUAAUACAGUUGAUUUAAAAUUACAAUGUGACAAUGAAACUGAAGAUAUUGAUCAACCAUGUCAUUAUAUGAAUGAUGUUGAUUUGUCAACUUAUUUAGCUCACAGUGAAUGGGCUUUAGAAAGUGCUUCCAUUAAACGUAAUAUACAAACUUAUGGCGGUGAAGAUCAAACCUACAUUGAUGUGACUAUUUAUGUGCAUAUGCAACGUCGUGCUUUAUACUACAUGUUCAAUAUUAUUAUACCAUGUAUGAUUAUGUCAAUGAUGGCGUUGCUUGUAUUCACUUUACCACCUGAAGCUAAUGAAAAAAUUGUAUUAGGUGUUACCACUUUACUUUCAUUGACAAUGUUGUUACAAUUAGUCGCUGAUAAACUACCACAAACAUCAUCAGGGAAUCCUGUACUUGUUUUAUACUUCACAUGUACAAUGAUUCUAUGUUCGUUGUCAUUGGUAUGCGCUGUGGUUUUAUUGAAUUGUCAUCAUCAUACCGGUGGUAUUGUUUAUGUACCAUGGUGGAUUGAAACAUUGAUCAAUACAUGGUUAGCAAGUAUUUUACGCAUUGAUCAUAAUCUUCCAUCGAAUAAUGAUUCUCAUAAUCAUGUGAAUGUGAAAAAUGAAGAGAAUCUGAAAAAUUCCAAAGAGAAAUUGAUCCCAUCUAGUGAUAAUUAUUCUUUCCCUGCGAAACAUUAUGAUCAUGAGAACAAAAUGAAUCAUAUACACGCGGAUCAGUUAUGCAAUCCUGGUAAUAAUAAUAAUGUUGACCAUGCAAAAAACGCUUCCAUUUGGUCAAAUAUCAUUGAUAUGAAUUCGGAAUUUCGUCCAACUGUAGUGAUACACAAGAAAGUGAAACAAGAUACUACUCAUAAUAAUGUUAUUAGUAGUAUUAGUAGUAAUAGUAGUAACAAAAAGUCUUUAUUAAUAAAUGAAUUAAAAUUGAAAUCUGAACUACAAAGUAUCAUUGAACAAAAUUACUACAUUGAUCAACAUCAUCAUCAUCAUCGUAAUGGCCAGUUGUCAACAGAUUUAUUGGGUAAACCAUUGAAUCAUAUAUCAUCUUAUCAUCAAACUACUACAACUCAGGGAGUGGAUCGAACAAAUAUGACUAGUCGAUUGGAAUAUUCAUGUAAACGGAAUUCAACUGAACAGUCAAAAUAUUUCAAUAAAACAAUCCCAAGAUUUCAUUUAUCUUCAUCUGGUGAAUCUCCACUAGAUCCAUCAUCGUUCUCAUCACCAUCGUCACCGUCUUCGACAUCAUCAUCAUCAUCAAAUAAAGAGACAAUAUUCUCAUCACCAAAUAGAAUUAGUGACCCGAGUAAUUCAAGUCCAUUAAAACAAAACACCACUGAAAUGAAUGAUGGCCCAUUCGCAAACAACAAUGUUACUGAUGAUGUUGAUGAUAAUUUUGAUUCAUUACUAAUGAAAUUAAAAUUAAUUUCUAAAGAAUUACGUUUUAUUACAUCUGGUAUGUAUCAAAAAGAUGAAGAGAUUAAAACAUCCAAUGAAUGGCGUUUAGCCUGUCGUGUAUUAGAUCGUUUAUGUUUGCUGAUUUUUGCUGCAUUAAAUUUAUUCACUACAUUAGGUAUUUUAACAUCUGCACCAACUGUAAUUAAAGCAUUCACAUCAAGAGGUGCACCAUCACAACCAAUGUAA